AAUUGUAGUUCCCUGCUGCGGUCCCAGUUACAGCGUGAAUCCCUUCGCGCGCCGCCUCCCCAAGUGCUGCCGGCAUGCUGCCCCUCCACGCUAGAGACUUGCCUGCCUCACCCGCAGAGCAGAUCUGAUGCGGUGGUUUCCUCCAAAGAAAGCGGGAUAUUCCGGUCCCUACCGCGCGCACCGCUGCUCCGUCGCGGAGCCGCUUUACUUCCGGGUGUGAUGUCUUCCCAUCUAGGACUUCCUGGGACGAGUCCCCCACCAGCCACGCCUCUGUGUCGCGCUGCGCAGGCGCCAUUGGGCAGAGGAAUUCGCAAGCUUGCAUGCCCCAGUGACACAGGCCUCGGGCCGUCUCUGACAAGUGUUCACAGGAGGUGGGGACAGCUCCGCGCGAGGGACGAGAAGCUGCGGGCCUGGGCCCGGCUAUCGCAAUGGGCAGCGGCUGCCGCAUCGAAUGCAUAUUCUUCAGCGAGUUCCACCCCACGUUGGGACCCAAGAUCACCUAUCAGGUCCCUGAAGACUUCAUCUCCCGAGAGCUGUUUGACACAGUCCAAGUGUACAUCAUCACCAAGCCAGAGCUGCAGAACAAGCUUAUCACUGUCACAGCCAUGGAAAAGAAGCUGAUCGGCUGUCCUGUGUGCAUCGAACACAAGAAGUACAGCCGCAAUGCCCUCCUCUUCAACCUGGGCUUCGUGUGUGAUGCCCAGGCCAAGACCUGUGCCCUCGAGCCCAUCGUUAAAAAGCUGGCUGGCUAUCUGACCACACUAGAGCUAGAGAGCAGCUUCGUGUCCAUGGAAGAGAGCAAGCAGAAGUUGGUGCCCAUCAUGACCAUCUUGCUGGAGGAGCUAAAUGCCUCGGGCCGGUGCACUCUGCCCAUUGAUGAGUCCAACACCAUCCACUUGAAGGUGAUUGAGCAGCGGCCAGACCCUCCAGUGGCCCAGGAGUAUGAUGUACCUGUCUUUACCAAAGACAAGGAGGAAUUCUUCAACUCGCAGUGGGACCUCACUACACAACAGAUCCUGCCCUACAUUGAUGGGUUCCGCCACGUCCAGAAGAUUUCAGCAGAGGCAGACGUGGAGCUCAACCUGGUGCGCAUUGCUAUCCAGAACCUGCUGUACUAUGGCGUUGUAACACUGGUGUCCAUCCUCCAGUACUCCAAUGUGUACUGCCCGACGCCUAAGGUCCAGGACCUGGUAGAUGACAAGUCCCUGCAGGAGGCAUGUCUAUCCUAUGUGACCAAGCAAGGGCACAAGAAGGCCAGUCUCCGGGAUGUGUUCCAGCUAUACUGCAGCCUAAGCCCUGGCACUACCGUGCGAGACCUCAUUGGCCGCCACCCCCAGCAGCUGCAGCAUGUUGACGAACGGAAGCUGAUCCAGUUCGGACUUAUGAAGAACCUCAUCAGGCGACUACAGAAAUAUCCUGUACGGGUGUCUCGGGAAGAGCAGAGCCACCCUGCCCGGCUUUAUACAGGCUGCCACAGCUAUGAUGAGAUCUGCUGCAAGACAGGCAUGAGCUACCAUGAGCUGGAUGAGCGGCUCGAAAAUGACCCCAACAUCAUCAUCUGCUGGAAGUAAGGCUGGUGGUGGCUGGAUGCGCACAUUGCUGUGGGUAGUGCCUCCUGCCAGUAGGCUUGUCAUACUGUCUAGAGGUUGACUCUUAGCUCUGUAAAUAAAGUCAUCCAUUUCAAACUA